AUGAAUUAUCAAACAUUCAUAUGCAUAGUCGUAUUAUUAAUCUUUACAAUUAACUCUUCAUUAACAAUUGAUCUUGUAGGAAAUGAUCUACAACAAGUUUUCGAUGAGAAUAAUAACGAUAUUGAAGAUAAAUUCGAAUGGCGUCGUCUAUCUAAAUUACCUCAACCUUCACCAAAUAUCAUCAUGAAUAGAAAUAAAAUGCGACCGCGUCUUCUUACAUAUGACUUUUUACUUCAUCAAUGGAUUUUACGUAAAAAGGACAAUUAA